GGUGCGGGGUGGGGCGUAAGCAGAGGAGGAAUGAGAGGGAGAGAGAGAGUUUAAUCAAAUCUAAUGGAAUUUUGAUGUCCGCAAGGACGGAGGGCUCUCUCACUCUCUCUCAUCUCCCCUUCUCUCUCUUCUGGAGAGUGAAGAAAGGAAGCCAGAGAAGAAUAAUUAUUUAUAUAUAAAUUUAAAGAAGGAAAAAAUAAGCCUGGAGUUGGAAGGGAGGAAGAAACGGCAGUCGCUCGGAGACGAAAUCGAGCUAUAAUCAACAAAGACGAAGAAACCCUAACCCUAGAAUUCGCAAGCACUAGAAUAAUCUAACAAAGAACAGGCGUUGAGGAUCUCUGGUGAGUUCAAGGGUUGUUUCUUUUUAGAUUUUGUGGGACUUUUUUUUGUUGUUGUUUUGCUUUAGUCCCGUUAUUUGUGAAUCUUCAUGCAUUUAGAUUACUUGGAGUUCUGUCGGAUUUUGCAAGAUCGGGGUGAGCUGGUGGUGGUGUUGGACUCGGGGAGGAUUUUUAUCUAUAUUUAGUUGGGUUUUUUCUCCAUUUGAGUGAUGCUUCUCCGAAUCGGUGGAGGGAUUUUACUUCAGAUUUCAGCGCGCAAAGUGGAAAAGAUGGCUGUGAGGGGAGAGGAAAGCGGUUGUUUUGGGGUUUAGGGGGGGUGGGGAGAUCGGAUUUUGAGCUGUCCUGCUUGUUUGCUUUCUGUUUCCGGAAAAAGAUCCGAUUUUUUUCUUGCUUUCUGUAGGUUUUUGUUGGAUAAUCUUGCUAAACGCGGGGAGUAGGGACUUGGGUUGAGAUAUCUGAGAUCAAGAUACUGACUUUUUGUGGGGAAAUUGAGCGAAGAGAUUGAAUAGGAUGCUGGGAAGCAGAGCCGCUUGCUUGGAUUUUGUUUCCAUCACUCGAAGUUCCUUGUGUUCCUGUAUUUUUGAACAUAAAGAUUCCAUCUUUCCAGUGGCGAGCCAAACUAGUAUGGAACCAUGGAUCUGGGGUUCCAGAUCUUGGAAAGUAUGUUGCUUUAACUAGAAAUCUGAUCUUCUUCUGGUCUGUAAGCUUUCCAUUCCCUUUGCUCCUCUCGAAAGAUGGUUCCUUCGGGGCCUCCGACUCCCAUUGGUGGGGCUCAAUCUGUCUCCCCUUCCCUCCUCCGGUCGAAUUCCGGCUUACUUGGAGUACCCCAGGCUGGUGCUCUCCCACCUCAGUCGCCAUUCUCGUCCCUGGUCUCACCUCGCACUCAGCUCAACAAUAACAGUUUGCUGGGAAAUAUCUCCAAUGUCUCCUCCCUCCUUAACCGCUCGUUUGGAAACGGAGGGCCUGGGUCUGGUGGUGGGCUUGGUACACCUCUAGCAAAUCUCCAACAGCGAGGUGGUCUUGGAGGUGCUGUUGAAAUGUUGGGCUCUGCGGUGCAUGAUCCGCUCUCCUUCAACUCUUCAUCCGGCCCAACACAGGGGCAGCACCUCCAGAAUCCUACUGGAAACCAGCCUGGAUCGGACCACCCACAGCCUCAGCAGCUUGAGGCAGUGCAGAACUUUCAGCAGCAGUUCUCUGUUCCUCACAACCAGCAGCAGCAACAACAACUUCGAGGAGGAUUGGGUAAUGUAGGCAACGUGGGACCUGUUAAGUUGGAGCCACAGAUGGGUUCGGCAGAUCAGAAUGGUCCAACACAGCAGUUACAAACAAUGCGCAGCAUCGGUGCAGUGAAAAUGGAGCCACAACAGCUGCUGCCUUCGAGAAACUUGGGGCCUGUUAAGAUGGAAUCCCAACAUUCAGAUGCAUCAGUGUUUCUGCACCACCACCACCAGCAGCAACAGCAGCAUCAGCAGCAGCAGCAGCAGCAAUAUUUGCAAUUGAGGCAGUCUUCCCAGGCUGCAGCUGCACAGAUGAGUCUAUUGCAGCAGCAGCGGAUGUUGCAACUUCAGCAGCAUCAGCAUCAGCAGCAGCAUCAGCAGCAGCAGCAGCAGCAGUUACUCAAGAACCUACCUCAGCAAAGGAGCCAGCUGCAACAGCAGCUUCAUCAACAAGGUCUUCCUGUAAGACCCCAAGUGAAACAGGCUAUGUAUGAGCCCGGAAUGUGUGCUCGGCGAUUGACUCAUUAUAUGUAUCACCAGCAACAUAGGCCAGAGGAUAACAAUAUUGAGUUUUGGAGAAAAUUUGCUGCGGAGUAUUUUGCUCCCAAUGCAAAGAAGAGGUGGUGUGUUUCUCUUUAUGGAAGUAGUCGUCAAACUACUGGUGUUUUCCCUCAGGAUGUGUGGCAUUGUGAAAUAUGCAACCGUAAGCCUGGGCGUGGUUUUGAAACUACUGUUGAAGUUUUGCCAAGGCUAUGCCAAAUCAAAUAUGCUAGCGGUACUUUGGAGGAACUUCUAUAUGUUGAUAUGCCUCGUGAGUAUCAGAAUGCGUCAGGUCAGAUUGUGCUGGAUUAUGCUAAGGCAAUCCAGGAGAGUGUCUUUGAGCAGUUACGUGUGAUACGUGAUGGUCAACUAAGGAUUGUCUUCAAUCCAGAUCUAAAGAUUGCUUCUUGGGAGUUCUGUGCGAGGCAUCAUGAGGAGCUUAUUCCUCGAAGACUGAUAAUACCUCAGGUAGGUCAACUUGGUGCUGUGGUACAGAAAUAUCAGGCUGCUGUUCAAAAUACAUCAUCAGGCUUAUCUACCCAGGAUUUGCAAAACAGUUGUAAUUCGUUUGUGGCAUCUGCUCGUCAGUUAGCUAAAGCUUUGGAAGUGCCAUUGGUGAAUGAUUUAGGAUAUACCAAAAGAUAUGUUCGCUGCCUUCAGAUAUCAGAGGUGGUAAAUAGUAUGAAGGAUCUGAUUGACUAUAGCAGAGAAACAGGGACUGGACCUAUGGAUAGUUUGAUCAACUUUCCUCGAAGGAAGUCUCUGUCGUCGGGACUUCAAGCUCAGCAAGCCCAACAACCUGAGGAGCAGCAGUCCAUUACCCAAAAUUUGAACCACGAUGAUCAGAGCGCUGCUCAUGCCGCUAGAGUGCAACUUGCUUCUGCUAGCAAUGGUGGUGUUAAUGCAAAUAACUGCCUCAAUGCUGCAUCAUCUACAUCCACGUCUGCAACUACAAUUGUGGGGCUCCUGCAUCAAAAUUCAAUGAAUUCCAGGCAAGAAAACCAGAUGAGCACUGUAAACAACGCCUACAGUGUUGGGAGCACUGUUCAGAUUCCAUCUGCCAGCUCGUCAAAUUCACUUCCUCAACCCAAUCCAUCUUCCCCCUUCCCUUCCCCAACGCUGUCCACAUCUAAUACCAACCCUGCAACUUCUCAUAACAUGACCCACCUAAGCUCCACGAGUUCAGCCGCGAAUGUGUCUGCAAUGCAACAGGUGACGGCACAGCCUCAUGAAGUUGAUCCAAAUGAAUCACAGAGUUCUGUGCAGCAAAUUUUACAAGAGAUGUUGAUGUCCUCGCAGCUAAAUGGUAUGAGUACCUCAGGGAAUGAUAUGAAGGGUAUCAAUGGAAUGAACCCAGUUUUGAGUGGUGGGAAUUGUAUAGUUGGGAAUGCUAUAUCUAACAGUUUGUCCAUCGGUGGUAUCGGGUUUGGUGGCAUGGGUGGGCUUGGUCCAUCAGCAACAGCUAGUGGGAUAAGAGCAGCAAUGUCCAAUAAUGCUAUGACCAUGAAUGGGAGGAUUGGAAUGAAUCAUAUCUCUCGGGAUCCAGCAACCAUGAGCCAUCAGCAGCAGCAGAAUUUGGGAAACCGGCUGUUGGGUGGUCUUGGAGCAGCCAACAACUUCAAUAAUCUUCAGUUUGAUUGGAAGUCCUCGCCAUAAAAGUAAGAUAGGGGCUGUUAACCCAACUAGAGCAUGUUAUUCGGGCAGCAGAAAUUAUCCCGAGUACAGGAGGGAAUGUUACCAUCAGACUAUUGCAACCACGGCAGCAGCCACCUUGCAAGUCCUUAACUUCUUCAAGAUGCCUCUUUCUGUACCAAGUUCUCAAGAGGCAUAUAUAGUAACGUCAUACAAAUCCUUGUACCUUUUAUUGUCUAUCAUCUAACUGUUGUUUGUAAACAAUGUGUAUUAUGCCUGGUUCUUGCCAAUACUACUUUCCAAGUGGGAAACACGGGAAACUGGAGUCUGUACGACGGGAAGAAUGGAAGCCUUGCCUGGCAGCGCCCGUUGUGCGCUCUCCACCAUUUUGGGGAAAUGCAGAGUGAUGCAUUUUAUAUGGAUCUUUUUGUAACCUCUGUCCUCUUCCAAGGGUUUGUGGACAAGCAUGUGCUCUAUUUUGUCUAAGAUGUUCGAAAUCAUAGGUUAGGUGAUUCUUUUAAAUGACAACAGAAAAAUGAGAAUUUGAGU